ACAUCCGGUCCUUCUGCUCGCACAUCCGUUUCCGGAAACAGUGGCUCCCUUCUCCUCUCAGACCCACCACAGCGUUUUCUCUCAGGUGAUCGAGCAGAGCUUGACGUCCCUCGGUGCGACCAUGCGUCUGUUCCUGCUGGUGCUCAUGGCGGCUCUGUCUCUGAGCCCGGCGGCGGGGAGCGGAGCCGACAAGAAGAAGCUGCAGAUCGGGAUCAAGAAGCGAGUGGACAACUGUCCCAUCAAGUCCCGCAAGGGGGACGUGUUGAACAUGCACUACACGGGCAAGCUGGAGGACGGCACGGAGUUCGACAGCAGCAUCCCCCGGGACAGGCCCUUCACCUUCACCCUGGGCACCGGCCAGGUGAUCAAGGGCUGGGACCAGGGCCUGCUGGGCAUGUGCGAAGGCGAGAAGAGGAAGCUGGUCAUCCCCGCCGAGCUGGGCUACGGAGACCGGGGAGCCCCGCCUAAGAUCCCCGGCGGAGCGACGCUCAUCUUCGAGGUGGAGCUGCUGAGCAUCGAACGGAGAUCGGACCUCUGACGCAGGAACGACCGGAUGCUCUGAGGAGGUUUCUGCACAGGAUCCAAGAAUUGCUGCUGCGGUAACUGGAGACUACCUGACCUCUGAAGAAUGAUCAAGAAGAUUCAAGACAAAACCAGGGAAAUUAGUCGAAUACCUAGCAGUGUUCUCCUUGUAAUGGUUUUGUUUAAUAGGAACCGAUGGGUUUAGAUUAUUAGAUGAUUCAACAAAUCAAGGCAUAUUCCUGCUUAGUAAUAGGAUGGUUAACACUCAGCACGGUGAUCGAGGACGUCACAACAAAUCACUUCAUCAGUUUAAUUUCUCUGAUUCCAAAGCUUGUUUACUUACAUUUCGACAUUCCUGUUUCACAAUAGGUUGACAACAAAUCAGUUAAAAUUGAGGUGGGGGGCCAGUUAUGAAUAUUUUUUGUUGACUUUGAAUAACAAUAAAAUGUUUUCCUCAUUG